AUGACUGGGGAAGAUUUGCUCAAAGACACUACCAGCGUCAAGCCGGAACUGGUCUUACAGCACUGUUUUAAACAAUACAAACUCAGAGAUUUGUAUCCAAAGUUUUUCUUUAAAGUGAAACCAAGUAAAUUUGGGCCACCCAAAUCCAGACGUCGCAUUAUUAUCGCGCCUCCAAUGGUAAGACCAGCUUCUGAUGGUUCAAAACCCAUUCAGACCACUGCCAUCGAUGAAAAGGAGGAAGCUGCUGCCUGGCAAGUGACCCCUGAGGUAGAAAGCUGUCCCCACACUCCAGAAGAACCUUCAGAGGCAGGAGAUGAUCUACCAAAGCUGGAAGCUUGGAUAACGGAAAGGAGAAAGCUCCGGUCUCAACUGGAUAGCCUUGUGGAUGUUGAAAAAUGGCUAAGUCAAAAACUUUGCACCAGUGAGCAAGAAGAUAGAGUCCUGGAAAACUUACAAAACUGCAGAGCAAUGAGGAAGGCUGAAAGGCAGUUAGCUGCGACCAGAAAUCUUGAAAACCUGCUGCCAAAGCACGACCUGCCUCCUCGAAGAAGAGUCAUCCCCAUUAUCAACGCUCCCUAUCCCCAGUCCCUCAUCACCCUGCAUAACCUUCUGCACAAACAAAAGCUCAAGAUGGUGGACUUAUUCAGGAAGGCGGAUAAGGACAAGAAGCAGUUCAUGAGAUCAGACUUCAUUAAAGUUAUCAAGGGGGCCAAAGUCCCUAUCAGUGACAAUGACCUGGAAGAUGUGAUCAUCUUCCUUACUUCUUCAAAACGUGGGAAUUUUAUAACCAGUGACGAUCUGGUUGAAUGUCAAAAUAUAUGGCUGGAUACAAUGAGAGAUCAGACGAAACAACCUGGGGAGAGCAAAAACAGGUAAGAAAAAGGAACUCGCGCAUGUCCCCGAUUUCACACCCGAAAAGCUAUUUCUAAAACUGUUAGUCGUCCAGCAUCUGCUGCUGGCAAAACCAAAGAGACACAGCCACUAGCUCCUAGUGAACCUGGAACAAAGUUAACACUGUUAGAAGUUCCUUCUAUCCACACCGGACCGGAUCACAGACCUCUAACCUAUGAGGAAAUGGAGGAGAUUGGGAAGAGAUGCAGAGAUAGGAAACGAUGGGAGAAGGCCAAGGUCAAUCCAAUACAAUGGAUGGAACGCUGUCGACUGGUGAGAUCUGGAAACAAGGCCAUUGAUGAACAUUGCUUGCCAUCUACAAUGGAGAGUGAAAUGGGGGAAAUAAUUGAUCAGCAUCGAAGGACCUGCUACAUGGUCUAUCUGCAGUGUCUCAAAUUAUGCAAAGAAUAUAACAUUCCACUUACCGAAAAGGUCCUGGAAAAAGCCCUGCUGUACCCAGGAGACAAAAUAAUAAAAGAAGGAGCAUAUGUGCGGAAGAUCAGACAGCCGGGGGGUCCCUAUACAACAAUGGAUGGGAGUCACCACCAAAGACGACUGCUUUUAAGCAGACAAGGAUUAAGAAAUGCAUUAAAAAGGAACGCCAAAAAUGGAAUGCAUGGUACAGGGAUUAAGGGGCAACUACAUGGAAAGCAGAAGGCAUACAGAGGCAGCUGGAUGUCAUUUGAGGAUUAUGAACAGUUAACAAGACGUCUGCAUGCGAAGUGGUCUAAUCUGAGCUACAAGUCUCACGACAAUAACUUCUGGCCAGGUCACCUUCUGGACAAGCUGCGUAUUUACCUCCCACAGAUAGAGCCUAGUCAGGAGCAUGCCCUGUUCAGCUAUGUUCGUCCAACACCACCUGUCUAUCCUGGUGUCUACAACCCACACCGCAGCUGGCCAAUCAGUGACCAGGGAUACGUGACCUAUGGAAAUACUGAGACUCAAAAGUAUUGAUGUUGUCUGGGACAGUAAUGCUAUGCAUAAUGAAAGCUUUGUGAUCCCUCAGUCACCUCCGUGGACUUAGGCCACCAUCAUAAGCAAAAUAAAGCUAUCAAAGCUAUAAAAGUACGCCUUCCCAAAGUUAUGGGGGUCUUGACGGAGCAGUUGACUUCUAGAUUGGCAAGUUUCUGUUCCUUGUGACUCAUAACAUAAUACCUGGGGACAGUCAAUGAAAUUGAAAGGUGGCAAAUUCAAAACUGAUAAUAUUAGUCUGUGGAACUCAGCACCAUAAGACAUUGUUGAGGCUAAGAAUUUAGAAAGAUUCAAAAAGGGAUGGAGCAUUCAUAAAGAUAACAAGAAUAUCUAGACUUAUAAUAGUUAAUGCUAAUAAAAAUUCUGGGAGAGAUAUUAACCUCAUAUUUCAGGACAAAAACCAAACUAACUAUUAAGGAUCAGGAUAAAACCUAAUUUGGGGGUCAGAUUAUUCCACAUGCACCUAUUGUAGAGUUUCUUGCACUUUCCACUGGAGCGUCUGGUGGUAGCCACUGUCCAAGACAGGAUAUUACACUCAGAUCUGAUUGAAUCUGACAAUUCCUCUGUUCCUGUGAUUCGAAUCCAGCUCUUUGGUG